AUGCCGAGGCUGCGGCCGACUCUCGGAUACAAUGUCCCCCAGGCCAGUGCGGCCAGUGCAGGACACAUCGUGUUGGGGCCCAUGGUGCAGCAGGUGCGCUUUGCAGGGCGGAAGCUCGGCAUCAAGCAGAAGCGGAAGAACGCCCGGACACGGACGGUUCACCAGAAGGGUCUGGGAAAGCGCAUGGAGAUGUACUGGCCGCAGCAUGACAUGCACCGGACAAGGAUACCGCUGUAUGAGAACAGCAGACGCCAUGUGAUAUGGGACUACCGCAUGCAGAGAUGGAUGGUGAUGUGGUAUCGCCAUGGCAUGCAGGUAUUCCGCUGGUUCAGCGGCCGAGGGGGCAAGUUCGAACAAGGGCGCACGCGCGCGAUCCUCUUCUACCAGCAGCUGCGGAUGGCAGGGAAGUUGGGAAGCCCGAAGCCAGAUCAGUGUCGAAGUGGCGUCCGCGGUGUCUUCUUCGACAAGGAGGAGAAGUCCUGGGUGGCGCGGUGGAGUAACUGUGGCAUGAAGACCUACGCCAUGUUCAGCACCGAGGAGCAUGGCUUUCGGAAAGCUUACGAGGAAGCCAUCCGGGUUCGAGUUCAGAGCGUACGGCAGAACCAUCAGUUCAUGUUUCAGCGGACGCGAUGGAAAGGUCAAAGACGACCACUCGGACAGCCCCACACCUGA